GGGAGCGGGCCCUGUGAGGGAAGAAGGGCGAGGAGCGCGGCCACCAAAGUUGCUGAUGCUGGUUAUUCCCCAGACAACACUUUAGUGUGGUGACUGCUGACCGGUCAAGGGAUAACUCAGACAAGUAAAAUACUGAAUGGAGAAUGAUUACAACCCCAUGGACCUCUCCAAUUCCACAGGACUUGAAGAGGACCCAGAAUUUAAGGAUUCCGAGGGAACAGAUGUGAAAGACAUGAGACUAGAAGCCGAAGCCGUGGUGAACGAUGUUCUCUUUGCCGUCAGCAACAUGUUUGUCUCAAAAAACCUACCUUGUGCAGAUGAUGUGGCAUAUAUCAAUGUGGAAACACGGGAAAGAAACAGAUACUGCCUGGAGCUUACAGAAGCGGGCCUCAGGGUGGUUGGUUAUGCUUUCGACGAGGCAGACGACAGCAUACAAACGCCGUACCACGAGACCGUAUACUCCCUGUUAGACUCUCUUAGCCCAGCAUACCGGGAAGCCUUUGGAAACGCACUGCUUCAGAGGCUGGAAGCUUUGAAGAAGGAUGGACAGUCGUGAUUCAGUCCGUUGUGCCCGCUUUGCUUCUUUGGGAGAGCCCUGUUGCUGGUAGGAAGUCAAAGCAGGCUUGAAUUUGUGCUGACCACCGUAACGUAAAAUGCGUCCGCAGCUUCGUGUCUCAGGCUUCUGACUCUCUGAACGGUAUCGACUAGCGAACUAUCUUUGUUCUGAUCCACCUGGGCCUCCGAUCUGUGAUGUAGAGCAUCACUUAAAUGAUUUACUUUCAGGUUUCCUGUGAUGAAGUUCCCUCUCCGCAUUUCAGUAACGGAACAGCAUUAGCCUCUAGAAAGUGCAGUGCUGUAAUGCUGCCAGCACCCUCUAACUUAUAACAUUCUAGAUUUUUUUGCACAGUACUAUAGGGAUUCUCCUGAUUAUCUUCAAACUUUAACUCAGCCUGCUAAAUCAGGGGUACACUACUAGCUCUGACUGAAUUCGUAAUAAUUAAGUUGCUCCAAGCCUUACGGGAAGCAAACUGUCAUCCUGUUUCCUCUGCACACAUUUGGAAAUUCACUGCUUCACUUAACUAUUUAUAUGGCUAAUGUGGACUGGUAAUGGAAAACUGUGUAUAAGUUUCCUCAUCGUGUUGAAUGGAAAAACAAGGAUUAAAAAGUUCUACUUUCCCUUGUUUACGACAACCAGCCAACCGUCACAAAUUAUGCCGUUAGCAAAUGAAUGUAGUAGUUGCUAUCUUAACUUCAAGUGAACUAAGCACAGAUAUAAAUGUAGGAACAGACUCCAUUCUCUUUAAAAAAAAAAAAAAAAGGGCACCCUAAAUCUGCAUUAUCAGAGAGAUAUGUGUGGAUCUGGUUUCUUAAAAAAAAAAAAACAAUAUUUUGGCCUGUGUUGAUUCUUAUUCUUCUGAAUGUUUGUUUACAUAAUGUACAGUAUAUAUUCAAAGGUAUUUUUGCUUCAAAGUUACUUUCUAUAAAGUAGUGCUUUGGUAUUCCCAUGAUGCUUCCCCUUUCCCUACAGAUGUACUGUGUCCAGUCUUAAUGCUAAAUCUACAAUGUAAUGUUAGUGCAUUGUAUGGGUUUGAAACCAAAGGAUGACGGAAGCAUUCAUAGACUACUAUUUGACAGAUGGAUACUCUAUGUAUUUUGUAUUUUAUAACAAGUACUAAUAUUUAUAAACCUAUUGAACUGAACCAUGCUGCUAUACAUUUUUCAAGUAUAUGUUGGAUAGGAACGGUCGAGGGUUUGGGGAUUUUUUUUUUUAAGCAGUUACCUGAAGCAGUAACUGUAGAAGUGUUGAACUAAAAUUCCAAAUCUGCAAAUUGCCUUCAUAUGUUUACAGUACUUAAAUUUUUAUCCAUUCCUAAAAAUAAAAAAAUUAUUUUGCUCGGACGGCAUACUGCUCCCUUGAUGCAUUUAAUCUGAGCAAAUUAAACAUUUGAGUGGCCAUUAUUAAUGAAUGUUUUUUGCUACGUUUCAGAAGGCUUUUUUAAUGUUAACCUUGCUUUCAUAUCCAAAGUAUUCUACCCUCCGGGUGGAAAAUGUUCCUGCCUAUUCUCAGGCUAAACGUGUGGUGGUGGUUUUUUUUUUUUUUUUUUAACUUUUGUAAACUAUGAAAAAACUGUUUCCCUACUUGGAGCUACAUAUAAAGCAAUAAGUGUUUAUGCUAGCACAAAAUUGAAACUGGUAACCCAGUUGUAUAGUGCAUUUAGUUCAAUUAUGUAAUGCUGCGUUUGCUAACUUCUGUUUUGGAGUGGGUAUGGCCGUCUACUUCGGAAAGGGAGUCGAAAUUAGUAGUAAAACUCUAUAAAACUAGUAAAUCAAUAAAACUCUUCGAUUUAG